AUGAUUAUAUUUCAAAUCAUAGUGUUAGUAUUAUUUAUUAGUAGACAGUCUCAAUCUGCACAGUAUGGACCGGAAACAAAUGCGCUAAUUAAUUUGGUAAGUUUCACGGGUAAUAUCAAAACGUUGAGAUCGCUUAAUGAAUCUGAUUGUGAAAAUUCAAACAAACAACCUUUCACAAUUCCAAAGUUGUUAAAUAAUGACGAGGAAAGAAUUAAGGCACAUCUUUACGAAAAAAUGCGUAAUAAACUGGAAGAUCUUCAUUGUACAUACGCGUACUUCGCCAAACUCCAUUUGGAUCAUUUACACGCAAUUUUAGAUUAUAAUUUGUUUGAUGAAGAAAUAUUUGAAAUGGUGGAAAAAUUAAUAUCAUCGUAUCGGUAUUUGGCAAAAAAUUCAAUAUUGACAUUAAUAAUAAACUUAAACUACAAACCACACGAUCGGAUGUGGGAAUUGAUUUAUUUUUUACAAAAACCCGAGAAAACAGAAGAUUUUUUUAAAAGUCUGUUUAAUAUAAUGAUUAUUUUAACAAAUGUUUUAUCUACAGCUGUAUGUAAUAGAGAAUUAAUUUUAUCUAAAUUCACUGGAAAUUCAUCGUCGAUAGUGUUAAAACAUGAUACGGGGUUCGUAGAUUGGCCAGAAUUACGAGAAGAAAUUCAAUGUUACAAAGAAAUUUAUUUUUGGACUUUUAAAAACAUAUCAACUAAAACCUCUGAAUCACAUUCGUCUAAUAAAACUACUAAGAUAUCUAUGAUAUAUUUAAGUGAAAAAUUAAGACAAAUCACGAGGGAUAUAAAAUAUAAUAUAAUAUUUGGUACAUAUUUUGUAUUACAUCAGAAUAAAUCGAUAUGGUCGUAUGCAGAAAACGAGAAGUACAGAUUUCUUUUACAGGAAAAAGUGAAAUACCAUAAAACAUCAUAUAACAUAAGAACAAAANCAUCAAAAGUUACUAUUACUGAUGGAUAUGAUGUUUAUAACCUUUAUGAUGCAAAUAUUAACAACAUUUAUACUGAUGAUGAAAAAGCAGCGAUUCAGUAUAUAGAGUAUCGUUUAAUUAAAGUCGGUUCAUUAUUACAAAUUAAACAAUGGCAUCCUAUAACCAAGCAAAAAGUUGAUGAAUUAUAUAAAGAAACUGAUCAAAAUGAAUUAGACUCUUAA